UGUGCAAUUGACAACCAACAAACCCGGCGCGUCAUGUUCUAUCAGCCGAGCCGCAGAACCGCCCACCCAACUAUUCGGUGCCCCCAUUGAUUUGCUUUACACAACUCCAACUUCAGUAUAGCUUACACAAUUGGAAAAGUCGAACCCAGCAUGAACUCGGCACGGUAUGUUUGACAGACAACCGUGGCGAUCUGAUUUUGUGUUACAUUGGAACGAUUUUCCAGUGAAGCGAUUAAUAUCCGCAUCUCCUUAGUUCAUUCACCACCAAGAGCCCACGUAUCCAACGCAACGCUACCGAAUAAGCCCCCUGCAUCAACCCAUCGCCACCUCACAAUGGCACGGCCAUCACAUUCCCCAUCCUCCGCACGGCAUUUCGCAUCCUUCUCCACCCUCGUCCUCCUCUUGGCCCUCCUCUUGCAACCCGCGCUUCCCGUGACUCACGCUCAGCCAUUCUCGUUCGGUUACGACGCGCGGUCGCCAGGGCUUAUGGGCGAUCCCAGUGCUUCCGACUUUCAGCUCAGCCCGAGCGCUACAGCUUUCGUCGCAAACGGCUCGUCGGAGUCGACAGUGGUAACCAUGGCAACGCCGUCGCCGUCGCAGCCGUCGUCGUCUUCGUCGAACCAGUCGCGGUUGUCGUCGCAGUCGUUUUCGCGAGUCGUGGACGGCAUCAAUUACCCUCGCAUGCAGAAGAGAAUCCGUUAUCCGACUUGCACUAAGAUGGAAAGCGACAAUGUGACGUUGGAGAUCGGGCUGAAGGCCGUGGGAACGAAGUGGCGCGGUUGGGGAACUUCCCUUGCCUGGGCUGGGCGCUUCCUCGGCGGUUUGGCACAGCCCUUUAGGCGCAAGGUUAUGCUGGACUUAAUAUUCGACAAGAAGAAAGGCAUCGGCUUUAAUCUCGUCCGCUACGCCAUACCCGGAGGGUACGCGCCUCGGCACAGCCCUAAGAUCUGGCGACAGGACAAGUACCAGGGGUACAGCCCAAGGAAGGGGGUUUGGAACUGGGCCGGGGAUUGGAGGCAAGUAUUGGCGCUUAAGGAGGCUCGAAUGCGCGGGAAAAUCGAGGUGGACGCGAUCAGUUACUCGCCGCCCUGGUGGAUGACGCUAAGUAAAGACGCGGCGGGAAACGUGCGGGGCAAGCCGAAUCUCAUGGCGCGGCACUACCCCACCUACGCAGACUACCUCUCGACGGUCGCGGCGCAUUUUCAGCGGAGGUGGGGGAUCCAGUUCGCGGGGAUCGCGCCGUUUAACGAGGCGCUCGAGGGGUGGUGGAAGAAGGGAGGGUACCACGAAGGGUGCACGUACACCGGCCUCGGAAUGCGCAAGCUUGUGUUUAUGCUCCGGAAAGGGAUGCAGCGGCAAAAGCUUUCGAAAACGCGCAUCGUUGGAGUGGACAGUUGGCCCGGGUACACUGUAAACGCGCUGCGGAAGUCGGUCUGGCCGCUGGGGCACGCGCCGGAUGUCAUCUCGGUGCACGGUUACCGAUCCCUGCGUACGAUGUCGAUUUCGGGGGACGAGAGCGAGUACAAGGCGAUUCGGGACGAGGCGCGCAAGCACAACAACACCCCGAUAUGGCAGACGGAGUGGGGUCCGUUGCAGAUCGGUGGAACCCCGCUGGAAAUCGGGUUAUAUAUGGCACGUGCGAUCGCGCAGCAUAUGAACAUUUUGGGUGUAGAGGCGUGGUACCACUGGCUGCCUGUACAGAGUGUGAAUAAAGCGAACUGGGGACCCAUUCAGGUGAGGUGGAAGCUGUUCGGCCCGAUUCGCCCGAAGCUGACGAAGCAGUUUUUCGGCAUGCUACACUUCACCCGAUGGAUCCACAAGGGCAGUUACCCGCUCCACAUUCGCAACGAGUGCAAGCAUUCGGUUGUCGCAGCGUAUUCGCCUAAGGCUCGUCGGCUGUCAGUUACCAUCGUGAACCAGCAAUCUCGGGAAUUUCGCGUGAAUCUCAAGAUCAGUGGGUUCGACCGCUGGAACCGUAAGAAGUCGACAUUACGGCAAGUGAGGCGCACAUCUGCCAAGGAGAAUUACAGGCGGACAGCUAAGGACUACAGCUGGGAUGCGAUCACGUCGUACAGCGUGGUGAUUCAGGGCAACUCCGUCACCACGGUCGGGUGGACCAACGUCGCCAUGCUUGGUGACCCUCAGUUCGUUAUGGACUAGUGCAGAUUAGUAAGACAGCCAGGGAGAAGAGGCGCCGUGUCGGGCGGCUGAGAUGGCUUUGUGGGCUGAGAACAUUGACAAGUGGAUGGGGGAAUGGUCGUGCGAGGUUGCAAGACUCAGGGGGUGGAGGGGGGGGGACAAGGGGGAGGGGGAGGGGGGGGUUGGGUGGGGGGUGGGGAUUAGCGGGUUGGAGAGGGGGAAGGGGAUGGAGUUAUGUGAGGGUACGUGGGAUACCUGGGAGAUAAGAAUUGCAGUGGGAAGGGGGAUCUGGGCGGCCCUGCCUGGUGUGGUGGGCGCAAUAUAUUUUUGGCGUGUGAGGGCUUACAGUCCACAGCUAGUGGAUUUGAAGCUUCCUCAAAAUAGGUAGUCAACAUAAGAGAGCUUCUGGGCUUGUGUUUCCAAGUUGUAAUGUAAUUGAGGUAGUAGUGCUAUACGGUGUCUUCUAUGUAGUGUUUGAACUUGGAAAACAUGCACAAAGGGGGAG